UGUACCUGGUGUAUGAAGGUAUAAUGUAAAUCUUCCAGUCAUACAGUGACUGUAAUUUCUUACUGUAGAGAGCUCAUUGUUAGCCCGAUUCUUACCGUCUCUCCGUUAGCCACAGGCGCGAGCCUUCCCACAGUAUUCCACUUCCCUAACCCACAUACCCGACGGGGACCCACCAUGUCUUCAGGGGAUUCUCCGUUGCCAGCAGAACCCGGCAACCCUCGCAGCGGCAUGGAUGGAUUCGUGGGCCGAUUACGUAGUUUGCAGACGAUGGGGAUCCUGUGUGAUGUGUUCCUCAAAGGUGCAGAAGAGGCGGCCGCUGGUAUUCCCUGUCAUCGCAUUGUGCUGAGUGCGCACAGCACGUACUUCCUCACCAUGUUCACGUCGGACUACAAAGAAUCAGCGGAUCGCGACAUCCAGCUGCGCAACAUCGAUAGCCGCACGUUAACAGAAUUGGUGACCUAUGCGUACACGCUGGACAUUGCAGUUGCCGAAGAGAACGUGGAGCCACUUCUGGUUGCGGCGCUGUUUCUGGAUUUCGCUCCCGUGGUGAGAAUGUGCUGGGAUUUCCUGGAGAGUCGCCUCAACGCGUCCAACUGUCUGCGGGUGCAGUGUUUAGCUGGGAUGCACCAUAAUCCGCGUUUGGCCGAGAAAGCGCACAUCUACAUCCUUCAAAAUUUUGUUCGAGUCGCCAAGACCCAGGAUUUCUUGCUGAUCAACCCCGAAAAGAUAAUGGAGCUGCUUGCGUCCGAUAAUCUGUUCGUGGAAACCGAGGAUCAGGUUUUCGAAGCUGUGCAUCGAUGGAUUGAUUAUGACCGCGCUGGACGAACGGCACACCUAACCGAUGUCCUACAGUCAGUUCGUACUGCGUUCCUCGGUUUGACUUGCCACGAGAAAUACUUUUUGGAUCUUGUGGAUUUCCUUACUAACUCUGGCCCGGGAAAUGUUUCAAAUUACUGGAGUGCUGAGACAGUUGCAACGCGUCGCCGACCACGAGAAUAUUUCGAGUUCCAAACAGUUAUUGUAUGUGUGGGUGGCUACGACGGAGAACGCUCCCUGUCCACAGUGGACGUCUUCAGUCCGUCCACCGCAACCGUAUGGCGCCUGGCGAAUUUACCAGCCCUGUUGACCGGAUGCGGGGUGGCGGUGCUGGACGGACACUCCUUGUUUGUCUGUGGCGGACGAACAUUCCCAUCCAGAUCCAGGGACGGUGUAUCAGACGUCCGCCGGUACGAUGCCACGGCUAACCAGUGGGUGGAUUGCGCGAAGACGAACAUCGAACGGUAUGAUGGCUGCACGGCGACGCUGAACGGACGAAUCUACACUGCCGGUGGUUAUCAAGAACAUGGCAAUGCGCCCAUGACGUUCGUGGAGGUGUACGAUCCGCAAACCAACGGCUGGCAGUUCGUGGCCGAACUACCCUUUGGACUCAGCAAGUUCGCCAUGGUUGCGUGCGGAGAUCGACUGUACACGUUUGGAGGGGUUUCCGCAGUUGGUAGCAGCCAUGCAGUCUUUUCGUACGAUCCAGCAGCCGAUGUAUGGAGUAGACUGGCCGAUAUGCCAACGGCGCGUAGCGGUUGCGCGGGCUGCGUGGGUCCCAGCGGACUGAUCUACGUUGUCGGUGGAAACGUUACGGAAAACGCGCGCUGCGUGGAGGCCUUCAACCCCGCAGCUAAUCAGUGGGUGCAAAAAGCGAAUAUGGUCAGGGAGCGCAGUGGUGCGGGAGCCGCUUGCGUGGACGGAAAGGUUUAUGUUCUCGGUGGCAAUGACUCUUCGGAUUCUGGGGAUUCGGAUUCUGAGGAUUCGGACUCUGAGGAUUCGGAUUCUGAGGAUUCGGAUUCCAUUGAGGUCUACGACGAGAGCAGCGACAGGUGGACGCUCCACGAAUGCCGAUUACCGGAGGUCAAGCAUUUUUUCGGGUGCGCGGUGAUGAAGCUGAAGAAGGACCAGAAACCCGUGAAGUCCUCAUAAGCGUGAUGCAAUGAUGUGGAAUCACGCUCCGUUGUUAGAUGAAAAUGUUGUUGUGGGUUGGGAGGUCCGCAGCCGUGCAAACAGAGGGAAGGAAGUUGGAACGAUUGUGACGGACCAGCGCAUUCAAUUCUUUUUUUCCUGUUGUUCUCGUUAUAUUUUUAUUUCCCUUAUUGUACGUACGGAACUGCUAAUUGCACAUUUAUACUUACGAACGAAGAUGUUGUUCACUUUGAAGAUAAUUUUUCUAAUGCUAUUUUGAAGAAAUUGACUGUGAAGUAAUUUACUUACCUGUUAAUAACUCAAUCACUCUACCGUGCAA